CUACCUCUCAAACCCAAUGAGCAGUGACAACCUCUGAUAUCUAUCGGAUUUCUGCAUAUACAGCGCUUCUAAGGAUAUACGACCAUGCCGCUGAAGAGUCACAGGACGGCCUUCGAGGUUUGCUUUCCCGGGGAGACGCAGAUCCCGGAGUCGCAAGUCGCGUCGGGAUCUGGAUCAAGGAAGCGACCUGGAGGGCCUUUGGAUCACGGAAGGAGACGGACGCAGCGAACGGGGCCUGUCUUCUACGAGCACGCGGACGGCACACCGAGUGAAGCAACAGGCUUUGAGCUUGAGGGAGAAGUCCGCGCGCCGGGCGAUAAGGUCAAGCCUAUCCGAACGCUGUCGGGUUUCUGCGUGUACGACCCAGCCAAGCGGUCGCAGCUGGCCUCACUCGCGACUGUUACCGAGGCUGAAGAUGAAGAUGAGGAGCAAGACACAGGACUGAUGGCUGCGGGCUGGGUUCGCGCGGUCGCGGAUGUGGACGAGGAUGAGGGGCAGGACGAUGACGAAGAAGACCAGCAAGGCGUAUACGCUGAAAUUGGACCGCUUCAGAGCACCUUCUACGAGGCCAAGCGACGCGAUGGGCUGUUCUUUGUUCAAACAGAACAGGCAUGGUACAUCCUUACCGACCCGUCUGACGACUACCGCGACUUAUACCUGGAUGAGUUCUACCUACAGAGAUUCUGCGCGCAGCUCGUCAUCUCGAGGGCUCUCGAGGAUCCGGGCCUGAGCUGGAAUACGCUGAAGAGCACGAUUGGGUCACUCCAAGCCCUUGAUCAGCGACUACGAGUGGAGGAUGUGCUAAACGCUAAAGGUCAUAUACAGGCGGCCGUAUGCAAUCUCGACGCCAGUGACUUUAGAGAAGCCCUCGGUGCUAGGCUGAUCACCGACCUCAUCCCGAACGCAGGUCAGUUGCAGCGCCGUGAGACCGCUCGGAGACCCAGCCGAUGGGACAACGAGCGCAACUUGGAUCUCGCCGUUCUGCGGCCGGAGAAUCAGACGACGACCUCCGUCAUCCCGCUCAUCGCGCAGCUCGCAGAGGGCCGCCUCACCGAGCCCGUCAACAUCAUAGGAAGACGCGGUGACCGGGGCGGCCUACCGGAUGAUGCUUUCUUUGAGCGCCAUCAUGAGCGCGAGAUGCAGCUGAUACAGAUGUUGAGGAGGCAGUCUGCGCAGAAGUAUUUCCGGUUUGAAGGAAAUCGCGCAGAUCCGCGGCCGAAGUCCCUCGUGAUCGAGGAUAGAGCAGGGAAGACUAGGUACUCUGUCGGUGACACUGUCAUUUUGAUGAAGUACGAGAGCCUGCCGGAGAUCCAACCUGGACACCAUCUCUGCGAUCUCUUCUGGUUUGCGACUAUCGUGUACAUCGACCGAACGUCGGAGCAAGUCCACAUACGCUGGUUCGAAGCAGCGCCUUCGUCAUGGCUAGACGAGAUCGCGCAUCCGCAAGAGCUAUUCCUCACGGCGCUGUGCGACCCGAAGGGCCCGCGCGAGAUUCUGGGACGCAUUGAAGUUCACUGGAACGAAUCCUCGGCACCAGUUGGCGAAUUCUUCUGUAGGUAUAAUUUUGACAAGAACGUUGCAUGCCUCACAACCGUAGAGCGCCCAACGUUGGAAGGGACCGACUGCACCGCGUGCCAGGCAUUCCUUGACAAAGAAGCCGAAGCGGACGUGUACCCUCGCCGCUUCCGCAACAAGCAGCUAUUCAUCGAAUUUGGCGGCCAUGCGUACCACAAGUAUGAUUACUGCUUAUACCGCGCGAAGGAUGGACCAGCUCUAAUUGGGCAGAUCCGCCACUUCGAGGAGGCGGGGCAUGGAGAUACGAUGCACGUACGGAUACGGCCUUUAGGGCGAUUCGGUGAGAUCGUCGACCUUCCGCAACUUGAGUUGCGAGAUGAGCGACAUCUUUGCCUGACCACCGAAGCCUCCAUAACCCUUGACGCUACGAAUCUCGUUCAUCCAUGCAUGGUAGCUCACGCCGACCAAGCGCAGGCUAUACCCGGCUGGCUAGACGACCCAUAUCAUUUCUACGUCAAAUAUACCCUCCCUAAUCGCAAAUCGCGCUGGAAUCAGCGUACCCCCCUGGCCAAACCCGAGGAUGUCCCUGCCUGCAAAGUCUGCGUAGACGCCGCUGCCGCUACGUACAAGGCCGUCGAGCGCCCCUUCAACAGACACCUCGAGAAGCGCAAGCUCCGUGUCCUCGAUGUCUUCGGCGGCGUCGGGGCCUUCAGUAUGGGCCUUGCAGAUGGCAGUCGCUGCAUGAAGCUUACGCAUCUGAUCGAGAAGUCUCCAUCGGCGGCGAAGACAGUCAUCGCAAAUUUCUCUGGAGUGCAGGUGUAUAAUCAGUGCGCGAAUACGGUUCUGGAGUAUAUGGUCAAACGCCAUGAUAAGGUUACGUUACCAAGUGGUGAUCCAGUACCGGCGCCCAUGCAGAUCUACGACGCCAAUAUCGCUUGCCCGCCUCCUAUCAAACCGGGGGACAUCGACGUUGUCGUGGCUGGUUUUCCAUGUCAAUCACACUCCUUGCUCAAUCGUUUCCGCCGGAUUGGCGACAAAAAGAACAACCUAAUAUGGAACGCCCUGUCCUGGGUCGGAUUCCUCAAGCCGAAGUUCGUGUUCUUUGAGAAUGUACCCGGGUUUUUGCAGUACAACCUGCUGCCUCGCCAAGUCAGCGCAAACCGACUUGAGGGCGGAAUAGAAAAAGGCGGCCUGAAGCUAUGCGUCCGCGCGCUUGCGGAGAUGGGAUACCAACUGCGCUUCUGUCUCAUGCAAGCCGGACAUUAUGGCGCACCCCAACACCGUGUUCGCUUCUUCGUCGUUGCCGCGAAGCAGGGCGUUCCUCUUCCAGACUUGCCUCAGCCGACGCACGACUUCACAACUAUCGCGAAGCAAUACGAGAGGCUGACCCUCGUCCUAUCCAAGAACACGGACACGACCAUUCGACCGAUCAAUACGCAGAAUGGAGUAGCACCCUUCAAGGCAGUCACUGUUGCGGACGCUAUCGACGAUCUGAAGCGCUUUCACUGGAAACAUCCGAAGCGACCGUCACCAAACGACGGCGCACCAAUGGUGGCUUGUAAUUCGCACUCUUUCUGGGGGUACGAGGGCGCCGAUCUCUACGACCACGUCGAGACCACGAGUUUCCAGAGGGCUGCGCGCUGCAAACCCUCGCAGAAUCUGCAGCAUUUUACGAGGCGGCUACCGCUGCCAAAUGUCGAGCGAGUAUUGGCAAUCCCCAAGGGCGGCGACUCCCGACACCUCCCCCGAGACUUACAUUACUUUACCCCGUCGAAUCCCAUCUCCGCAACCGGUCGCGGUGGUUACAAGACUGUCUACUACGGACGUCUCCACCCAGACGGCUUCUUCCCAGCGAUCACAACGAACAUCGGGCCCACGGCGAAGCAAGGGCGCGUCUUGCAUUACUCAUGCGGCAGAAUCGUUACCGUUCGUGAACUAGCUCGAGCUCAGGGCUUUCCGGAUUGGUUCAUAUUCGAAAGGCUCGAAGAGGACGACAUCCUGACGAUACAUCGACAAAUAGGCAACGCAGUCCCUCUGCCGCUGGGCCGGGCGCUUGGUCGCGAGCUCCGGCGAGCGGCGAUGGAUGACUGGAGGAGAGAACAAGAGCGCAGAAUGGCGAACGAGCAAGUCAUCGACCUCACUGGUGAAGCUGCGUGAUAAGAAUGCUCACUCAGCUUCUUUCCUGCGGCGGACCUCCUCGAGUUGCCGCUCUUGCCAUUCUUUCGAGGGUUCAAGUAUCUCACCGGGCUGAUAGUCCUUAUUGUAAAAGCCGAUGUCAGUCCAGAAGCUGUCCAGCAGGAGCCUCGCGCCCGACAUCUCUGUGUCGUCGACAUAGGACUUCUCUUCAUCACCAAAUCCGACGAACUUGAUGAGAUACUCCCAUCCACUAUUGUCGGCUUUGACUCGCGGGUGCAC